CCUUGGUCAAAUAAAUUCUUCCCAUUGCCGGUGCCAGUAGCAGUACCUGGUACUUUAUUUCCAAUUUUGGUUUCAAAUGGCCAAAUGGUUUUCGCUGUGUUUAAUCCAAGCACUUUGCUUUGGAUUUAUAGUUGCAGGCACGCCCAAGCUCAGCUCUGAAGAAGUGAAGGUGCUGAGAGUGGUUGCGCGAAAACUGGGUAAGAAGGAUUGGGAUUUUGGGAAAGACCCUUGCAGCGGUGAAGGCAAUUGGAAAGUAUUGGAUGAGAUAAUGGGUUUUGACAGUGUCGUCACCUGCAGCUGCUCUUUCAACCACAACACUUCUUGUCAUGUAGUAAGCAUAUCUCUAAAAGCACAGAAUUUAUCAGGAAUCCUACCUCCAGAGCUUUCGAAGCUUCACCACCUGAAACAUCUGGACCUUAGCCGUAAUUGCCUGACUGGUACUAUUCCUCCAGAAUGGUCUACAAUGCGGUUGGUGGAGCUCUCUUUGAUGGGGAAUCUUUUGUCUGGUCCAUUCCCAAAAGUUCUGACCAAUAUCAUUACACUUACAAACCUGAGUAUCGAAGGAACCAGGUUUUCUGGCCCCAUUAUUUCAGAUAUUGGAAGGCUGACCCAUUUGAAAAAACUUCAUCUGGAUUCCAGUUCUUUCACUGGAAAAUUGCCAGCGGAAUUAGGCAAGUUGUCCAACUUGAUUGACAUGAGGAUAAGUGACAAUAACUUUUCUGGAAAGUUACCUGAUUUCAUCAACAAUUGGACAUACCUUGAAAAGCUGCAUAUUCAAGGUUGCUUUUUAGAGGGGCCCAUACCUUCUACAAUUUCUACUUUGACAAGCUUAACUGAUCUGAGGAUCAGUGACUUAAAAGGCGAACAGUCUUCUUUUCCCCCAUUGCAUAACCUGAAAUCACUGAAGACAUUGAUACUAAGGAACUGCUUGAUAUAUGGAGAGAUCCCGGACUAUAUUGGAGAAAUGAAGUCUUUGAAAAUCCUGGACCUCAGUUAUAAUUAUUUUACCAGUAAAAUUCCAGCAUCAUUCAUCACAUUGAUCAAAGCAGAUUUCAUGUAUUUCACAGGAAACAAGCUCACUGGUUCCAUACCAGGUUGGAUGUUAGAAAGAAACAAAAAUGUGGAUCUUUCUCUUAACAAUUUCACUUGGGAAAACUCAAGUCCAGUUGAAUGUCCUCGAGGGAGUGUGAAUUUGGUUGAGAGCUACUCCCCAUCAACAAAUAAAUUAAAUAAAGUUCAUUCAUGCCUAAAACAUAACUUCCCAUGCCCUGCUUGGGAUGGUCGAUAUCAAUACUCCUUAAACAUUAACUGUGGUGGGAAGGAAGUAAAGGUUGGGGACACCACAUAUGAAGCUGAUGUGGAACGUAGAGGUGCUUCUACGUUUUACUCGGUUCAGAACUGGGCAUUAAGCAGCACUGGGAACUUCAUGGACAACGACCUCGAUUCAGAUAAUUAUAUUGUGACCAAUACUUCAGUUCUGUCCAAUGUCUCUGCUUUCAAUUCAGAACUAUACUCAACAGCACGUAUUUCUCCACUUUCUCUCACCUAUUAUGGAAUUUGCCUUAUGAAUGGGAACUACACGGUUAAUCUGCACUUUGCAGAGAUUAUUUACAGAAGUGAUAGAUCAUUUUACAGUCUUGGGAGACGUAUAUUUGAUAUCUAUAUUCAGGAUCAAUUGGUCCAUAAAGAUUUUAAUAUUGAAGAUAAGGCUGGUGGUUCUGGGAAGCCCAUUGUUUUGAACUAUACGGCUGUUGUGACAAGUCAUACCUUAAAAAUACACUUCUACUGGGCUGGAAGGGGGACGACCGGCAUACCAAAUAGAGGAACCUAUGGUCCUCUCAUAUCAGCCAUAUCAGUAGUUCCUAACUUCAAGCCUCCAGUUGUUGGCAAAAAGAAUUAUUAUGUAAUAGUGGUCGGGGGAAUAUCUGGAGCAAUAUUUCUUGUCCUUCUGGUCUUAGGUAUCAUGAAGAGAAAAGGUUGGCUUGGAGGUGACUCUGCAGAUAAAGAGUUGAGAGAUCUGGACCUUCAAACUGGAAUAUUCACGCUAAGACAGAUUAAAUCUGCAACCAAGAAUUUCGAUGCUGCAAACAAAAUUGGGGAGGGUGGUUUUGGUUCAGUUUACAAGGGUCUAUUAUCAGAUGGAACGGUAAUUGCUGUCAAGAAGCUUUCUUCAAAAUCUAAGCAAGGAAAUCGUGAAUUUGUGAAUGAAAUAGGCAUGAUAUCUGCACUGCAGCAUCCAAAUCUUGUUAAGCUCUACGGAUGCUGUGUUGAAGGAAAUGAAUUGUUGCUAAUUUAUGAGUACAUGGAAAAUAAUUGUGUCUCCCGUGCCCUUUUUGGGAAGGAUGCAACAUGUAGACUGAAACUAGACUGGCCUACCAGGAAGAAAAUUUGCCUUGGUAUUGCUAGGGGUUUGAACUACCUCCACGAAGAGUCAAGAAUAAAAAUCGUGCAUAGAGAUAUCAAAACAAGUAAUGUGUUGCUUGAUAAGGACCUCAAUGCAAAAAUUUCUGAUUUUGGUUUAGCUAAGUUAAAUGAGGAUGGCAAAACCCAUAUCAGCACUCGGAUUGCUGGCACCAUCGGUUAUAUGGCUCCUGAGUAUGCAAUGCGUGGUUACUUAACCAAUAAAGCAGAUGUUUAUAGCUUUGGUGUUGUUGCAUUGGAAAUAGUUAGUGGAAAGAGCAACACAAAUUACAGGCCAACUGAGGAAUUUGUUUACCUUCUUGACUGGGCCUAUGUUUUGCAAGAGAGAGGAAGUCUGUUGGAGUUGGCAGACCCGAACUUGGGGUCUGAAUACUCAUCAGAAGAAGCAAUGAUGAUGCUGAAUGUGGCUCUGCUGUGCACAAAUGCCUCCCCCACCCUUAGGCCGACAAUGUCCCAAGUUGUAAGCAUGCUUGAAGGCAGAACAGCUGUUCAGGACCUCCUCUUGGAUCCUGGGUUUUCAGCCAUUAAUGCCAAGUUUAAGGCAAUAAGAAACCACUUUUGGCAAAACCCAACACAAACUUUAAGCUUGUCAAGCAACGGUUCGUAUAAGGAUGAUUCUUCAAAUUCAAACAUAAAACAAGAAGAGAGCAUCCAGCUACUGAGAGUUUGUUCAGUUCAAUCUGAUGACUGAGCGGAAGUGUAGAAGGAAAAGUCCUUUUUCUCUAAAUCUCUACAUGGUUUGAGCAUUCUAUCUGUGCCUGAGUGUAUACAUAGACAUAUAUAAACUAAUCAUGUGAAGUUCAAGAGGGAAAAGAAAAAAUACUAGCUCACAAGUUCAACAGAAGUAAGCAGAAGGUGCAAAUGAGGACAUGAACUUUGGGGUAGGUUGUAAUCAAAUCACCAUUUUAUGAUUCAGUGUGAAUAAGGACACAAACUACUUGAUUGGGUCAAAAAAAGACACAUUGGAUGGGCGAAUGAAUCCUUGGCCUACUAUAAUAGAGACCCCAACACUUUUAGGUUUUAAGUUAAGUCUUGCCAUAUGCAAGUUAUUGUUAAAUUUUAUGUUAGUUAAUUUGUGAACUAUGUAAUUUUGUUUGGAUUGUAUUAUGAUUUGUCAAAUAUUAAUUGAUAGUUAUCAUUUGUAGUCAAUAGAGUGGAAUGUAUUGUAAUUGAUACUCAUAAAAAAAUGUUGGGAAU